GACCGCAAAAAUGCUCUCUGAGGAGAUCGGGCUCAUUGCAUGCCUGUCGGGGCUGCAUGCAUGAAGUGUAGGUGAGUCCAAUGCAGCAUAGCGACGUAUCAGGUGCACCACCACCCAAUCAAGCUUGGUGAUGGUGUUGAACAAACAGCGGGGUAGCUCUGGCGCAUUGUGGGGUAGUCCUCAGAAGGCGCCGAGAUGAAGACGAAUCCCUUUUCCCGACGGCUAUCCGAGGCCCAAAUUUCGUUCCUGAACUAACCAUCCGAAAACAUCUACAUACCUUGAAUUGCCGACACAGAAUCAACAUCGAAAAUUCUGGACAUUGGAGUUGGGAAGAGAAUUCGAUUGCCUCACCUGCUCCCCAACGUACACACGCUCUCCUUUCCAUCCGAUCACUCAACCAUUAACCAUCUCCUCCACAAUGGCCGAUUCCAACCCCGCAAAACCCGACCUCGAACCUACCAUAAAACGCAACCCACACCCAGACUUCAAAACCGUCGAAGCCUCGCGUCCGCCCUUCAACACCUCUCAAAAAUGGCACUACACCCAAACGCCCUCUCCCUCAUGGACCCCCGGCUCAGGCGCCAACACCCCCGCACCCCCUUCCGCCUCCCACCGAGAAAUCGACCCUUACGCCCCCGGCCGCCCCGUCGUGCACAACUACAAACUACUGAUAUCAGGCAUCGUACCGCGGCCCAUCGGCUUCGUAUCGACGGUCAGCGAAACCGGGGUGAAAAACCUGGCCCCCUUCAGCUUCUUCAACACGAUAUCUCACGAUCCUCCGUUAUUCGUUCUCGGUUUCUCGGGAGGGUACAACAGGCCCAAGGAUACGCUGGUGAAUCUGCUGGCGACCAAGGAAUGCACGAUUAAUAUCAUUUCCGAGGAGUACAUUGAGGCUGCGAAUUUCACUUCGAUUAAUGCGCCAGAGGGGGUGUCGGAGUGGCCGUUGUCGGGACUGACGCCGGUGAAGGGGACGUGUGUGGGGCCGGAAAGGGUGAAGGAGGCCAUGUUUAGUGUCGAGGCCAAGUUGGUGGAGUCGAGGGAGUGGGAGAGUAAGGUGACGCCGGGGAAGAAGACGGGCGUGUUGGCGAUUGUGGAGGGGGUGAGGUUCUGGGUGAGGGAGGAUGCGGUCGAUGAGGAGGGGACGGUGAUUGAUCCUGCGGUGCUGAAACCCAUUGGACGUAUGGGCGGUAUCACGUUUAACCGUGUGACGGAGGGGUUUGAGCUUCCGCGGCCGUCGUAUGAAGAGGUGAUCAAGGACCCGGAGGUCGCGAAGCUUGUGACUCCAAAGGCGGAUGAAAAGUUAUAGAUCUCCAUGUGACCGGAUAAAGUAUAGACUAUAGACUCAUAUACCAGUACUUGGACUCCUUUCUUGAAUCU